CUUACAGUCCUAUUAAAUCACAUAAGGAAAAUAAAUGACCAAAGAGCAGAAGAAAAACAUUUCACAGCUGCAAAGGGAAGGAAGCUGACAAGCAAAUUAUCAAUCAGAUCAUUAAUGAGUCAUUUUUAUUUGCAUCUUGUUUUUGAAAGGCCAACAUAUGAAAAAGAUUGCUAACAUCAACAGCAGGAGCCUCUUCUAUGUGACAUGUUAUGAUAUAAAUAACCAGAGGUGAUAGUAAACAUAUUAUUCAUGUGAAUAUCUUGUAGAGAACAUUCCUUAGGCUAUUUGUCUGGUUGGUAAACACGACCCUGCUAUGCUCUAUUAACUGAGAAAUCGUUUUUUUUGUUUUAACAAAAUCCUGCUUCUAAUGGCUUCAAGAAGCUGAUACCUGGAGAAGUAGCUUGGUACUAUAAUUUAUAUAGCUUCUAGAUUCACCUGGUAGAAGGUGAUAAAAAGUGGAGUACCAUCUUCAAGAGGGGAAAUGUCAAGGCCUCCAUCCUCUCAGACCACCCCUCAAUUCUACAGGGUCAGCGAAAGAGAUCUGACUGAGAUCGAGCUUCAUUCUGUGGACUCCAUCAAUGACCUCCACCGAACACACCACGAACACAGCCAAAAAGGAAGUAGACCUCCUCGUCCUGCUUACAUACCCUCCCCCAAUGGGAAUCUCUUCACAUGUGACGUGGCAGCUGUCAAUCAAAGAGGCCGUCCACUCAGCAGAAAAUGGCAGACCCGUCUACAGGAUAUGCUAACACCAAGUUCAUCACAUGCUUAUGCCAUGGGCUGUGCUAUCGUCACUUUGCUUCUGUUGACAGUGCUACUCAUCUUCUACUUUUUGGUCCAGCAGGGCGGCGCAAUCCAGAUGCUAACUGCGGCAGUGAGGGAGAAAGAAGCCACAGCCAAAGAGCUGUCACAACUGAUCCAAGAAUUAAAGGCACUAAGAUGUAACCAGACAGCUCAGGGAGGAGGGAGAUGAGGAAGAUGCAUGGAAAGUGCACAUGUAUUUGCUUGUAAUAUCAGAGAUACUGCAAAGUGAAGUAGAACUGUGUCUAACAGAGGAUCACUCCACGAGGAGGAAGUGUAAUCCAAGACAUUUUAUGAAGGUGAUCUGUUAUUCAAGUUUAAGUGUUCCUGAUGUGACCAUGUAGUUAAGAGAUGGAUGGUUUCUGAACUGACCCUCUCGUACCUGCCUCCAUCAUUACAUGAAAGGACUUUUGACUGUACACCCACAUGUUUAGUCCUGUGACAGAACCGUCAUUGAAGCUGUAAAGCUGGUUCGAUUAACUGAAUGGAGGCAGAAUAUCUUGUGUCACACAAAAAUCUUCCAGCUGUUUUUAAUUUUAACUCACUCUUGUUUGUGUGGAGAGGUGUCAGUGUCAUUUUUCCAACAUUGUGCAUCACUGUGUGAGCAGACACAGACGUGAACCUGCCCUACAUCACAGUUUUCAUUAAAAACAACAGAACUUUUAAAAAACAUAU